UGUCCCCUGCAGCAGAUACUCUGGCAAAACACCUACAAAAUGAAUGACAAAAAGUUCUCCUUCAUGCUGGGCGUCUUCUCCCUCCUCAACACCAUCCAGUUCCUCAUCUUUGAAGUGAAUGAGGUUAGAUCCAUUGGCUACGAGGACCACUUUAGCAUCUACAAGGUGACAAACCUUAAGCUGGUCUCUUGGGUCAUGACCUACGAGAGUAGCAUCAACAUCUGCCUAUCAACCAUCACCAUCGUGCUCAGCUCCGUGCUCCUUGGCUGCAUCCACGUCAACAACUACCUGGGGCUGCUGUGCUACGCCGUGUGGAUCAUCACCUAUGAGCUCCUCAGCUUCACCGUGGUCCUGCUCACCUACGGGGCCAUCAAAGAGCAGUUCAAGGAGCUGGGUUACCUGCACUUGGUCUUCCAAAUCUCCCGGAUGCUCCUGCACUUUUGCUGCCUGCCCUUCCUCACCAAGCACAUGUACACCCUUUACAAGAACCCCAGGAUGCUAAGCAAGUUAGGCCAUCGCAGACACUCCUCUGUCAGUACCGUUACCUCCUGGCCCCCUGUCAGGCUGGGAAACUUGUACCACAAGUUAAACUGAACCAUGCCAGGAAGAAGGCAGAAAGAGGCCCAGUGCUCCCCAA